AUGAAACAAAAACAUUUAUCAAAAAACAUACACAAACAUAAUAAAAUUCUUGAUAGUAUUAAUUAUGAAAGCAAUCGAUCAACAUCAUCAGAAGGACAUACUCCAUCAGCAUCAAGUUUUGCUUAUCAUUUAAAUACAAAUAUAAAUUCAUCGUUAUCAAAUAUUAGUAAUUCAAAUGAAACAGAUUCAGAUAUUAAUAUGUCGAUACAACCAUCACCAUUAGAAACAAAUGUUGGUGCUAAAAAUUUGGUGUCCAAAGUGUGGUUAUAUGCCAAGAAAUCAGAUAAUGGUGAACAAGCUGCUUGCCAGUUAUGUGAUUUUACUUGUUUAUGUCAUUCUCAUUCUACAUCAACUAUAAGACAACAUCUCAUUGCUAAACACAAUAAAACUGAUUUAAUAUUAAAAUCAUCACGAGCUUCCUCGCAAAUUAUGAUAUCACAAGCUUUAAAACAAGAAUUACAUGAAUUAUGUUAUGCUGCAAUUAUUAAAGAUAGUCGUCCAUCUAACGAUUUAAAUAAACGUGGAAUUACGGCUUUAAUAAAUAAACUUUGUCCAGGUUAUAUACCACCACACCGAAAUCAAGUUGUAAGACAUUUAAAACUUUUAUAUAAUCAUCAUUAUUAUCUAUUGAAAGAAGAAUUAAAAGAAGUUUAUCGACUAAGUAUAACAUUGGACUUUUGGUCCAUUAGAAAAUCUGAAUCUUUUCUGUGUAUAACGGGUCAUUGGACGACUAACUCGUUUGAUCCUAUUUCUAAAAUUAUUGAUUUUUCAUCAUUUAAUACUCGACAUACAGCAAUUGAAAUUGCAAAAGUUUUGAAGGAAAAAUUAAUUGCAUUAAAUAUAUAUGAAAAAUUUCUAUGCAUUACUACUGAUGGUGCUCCAAAUAUAGUCUUAGCUUGUGAACUUUUAAAUGAUGAAAUUUUUCGUUUUUGGUGUUGA